CCCUCUUGCCACCCCGUCCGUUAUAGCGCUCACAACAACACCGUAACAACACACCCGAUUAUCAUCAUCAUCAUCAUCAUGAGCUUCGCUCUUCUGUCUGUCUGCUUUCAUUACCGGCUUAUAUGGCAUUUCUGAUCAAGUGUUUUAAAAGCUGACCAGAUAUAUUUAACGUAGCCGAGUUUUACUGGCUUCUGUCUGUCUUCUGACAUAUUGAGGACAAUCAUCCGCAGUGACAAACGGAACAGCUGUGACAUGGGGAACCUUUAGAGAUGGAGAAACUGAUUAGCUCUGGUGAGGGGGACAGUUCUGGGGAGAGAGGUCUUCUGCACACGUGGAAGGGAUAUUCAUACAGCACCGCACCAGAGAGGGUGCUGCUCUCCCGGCCGGUGCUCCAGGCUGCCCUGGGAGCUAGACAUGGUGUUCUUCUAGUAGAGGGCGGACAAGUGUACAGUUUUGGUGAGUUGCCUUGGAAGCAGAACCAAACAUCAUCAGCAGAGCCCAUUUUGGAGGCAGUGCUGAGCGAACAGCGUGUUGUUUUUGUGGCUGCUGGCUCCGCCCACAGCGGAGUCGUGACGGAGGAUGGAGGAGUGCACAUGUGGGGAGAAAAUGUUCACGGCCAGUGUGGCUUGUUGGGACUGUCUGUUAUCCCUAACCCCACCCCUGUGGGUGUGCUUGACUCUGAGGCCACGCCACCUCAGACGGUUAAAAUCCUGGAGGUGGCAUGUGGCGAUCAGCACACCCUGGCUCUUUCAGCCAAGCAUGAAGUCUGGGCUUGGGGUAGCGGCUGCCAGCUGGGCCUCAACACUUCAACUUUUCCCGUCUGGAAGCCCCAAAAAGUGGACCACCUAUCUGGGAGGCAUGUAUUACAGGUGGCGUGUGGAUCCGCUCACAGCGUGGCUCUCGUACGCUGUCUCCCUCCUCCACAGGAGCCCCGAAAACCCCCUCAAGACAAAUGCGGUCAGUGCCAUCAGCUGCUCUACACUAUGACAGAUAAAGAAGACCAUGUCAUUAUCUCUGACGGCCAUCACUGUCCACUGGGCGUUGAGAUGGACAGCACUGAGAUCAAGUCUGCAGUGGAGGGAAGUCCAGAUCCGGGGAAACCAGGGAAGAGCUCUCCUACUGAACCUGUUCCUUGUAUGUCCACCCAGAUCUCCAAAUCACCCACUUCCAGUAACAUCUCCGAAUCUACUCGUCCUCCAGAAAGCACACUUCCAUUUGAACUUCAAAAUCAGGUUCCUGCGUAUUGCCAAGAAUCUAUUGAAGCACCUGUUGAAGACUCGGCUGCUCAUGAAGCUCCAGCAGCAGCUGGAGAGGUUUGUGUGGAAGCAUCUGAGAAUAGCAUCCCUGAGCCGGAUAGCUGCAGAUCCUCAGGGAAGUCUCCAUAUCCUGAUGAGCAGGCGGUGAAGGCGUAUCUGAAGAGACUUUCUGAUCAUGCUUUAGCAGAGCACACCAUCAAGACCUCCAGCACAAUUCAUUCAGCUCAGCUCUCGGGUGACCCUGCUAAUCUGUUCGCUUCUGAGCCCUUGAUCCCGGUUGCUCAGUCUGUGACUCCUAUGGGCUCCGCAUUGAACAACUUAGUGGUGUCGUGUGCCUCUGCAGUAGGGGAGCGUGUAGUCUCAACAUAUGAAGCGCUCUCCCUGAGAAAAGUCAUUGGUUACUGGGUUCCAGGAGAGGGUCGCGAGCGAGUGGAGGAGAGACUCCGUCUGGAAGAGUCCAUGCAGGGGAAGAAGAGCUCCAGCCUGGGGGACAUCCGAGAGGAGGAGGCAGAGCUCAGCCGCCGCCUGUCCCUGCCCGGCCUGCUCUCUCAGGACAAUGCAGAGUCUGAGGUGAAGGCGUCGUCAUCCAACACCACAACUGAAGUAUCUCCUCGCCUCCUACGGAGAACAAGUCGCCCCCGUAUGCGGGCUGUCCCGCUCGCUUCAGGAGGUAUACCUGAGACUGAUGCCCACCUGCCUUCCUUACAGACGGAAGUGUGGAGCUGGGGACAAGGCCAGGAUGGACAACUUGGACAUGGAGACCUCCUUCCCAGACUGCAGCCUGAUUGUGUAAAGAGUCUAAAUGGUAAGGAGGUGCUGAAAGUGGCUGCAGGGGCUCAUCACUCUCUCGCUCUGACAGCACAGUCACAGGUUUUCUCCUGGGGUUGUAACACUUCUGGACAGCUGGGACACAUGGAAUCGCCCACCACCUUCCCUCAAUUGACCAAGCUGUCAGAUGGGAUUCGUGUGUGGGAUAUUGGGGCAGGUCUGCAGCACACUCUCUUAUUGGCUGACGGAGACUGUAUUCAGCCAAUCCUGUACUACAGCGGACAGCAGGUGAAGGAAGUGCCGGAGCCAACAGAGGAAGAGGAGCAGACUGCAGAAUACACGCAACAACCUGUGCUGCUGCCCUUCUGUAUGAACUUGGGCUAUGUAAGCAGUGUGUAUGCAGGUGGACGGACGUGUGCAGCGCUGACGGAUUGUAAUGUCAUGGGUUUUAUUGCUAGUCUGCAUGAGCUGGCGGCUGCAGAGAGAAAAUAUUACUGCAAACUCAGCAAUAUCAAGAGUCUUCUGCUCCAGCCAUUGCUCAAGCUGGAUUCUCUAAGCUCUGCCCUGGGUCAGUCAUCUGCAGGGCUGUUGCAGAAUCUGAUUGGUCGAAUGAGUCGACUGUCUCAGCUUACAGGUCAAAACUCGGCCUCUCUGACCUCGUUCCUGCAGCGUUCACGAGACAUCCGAGGUCUUGUUAUUCUUGAAGAUGCACAUCUGUUCCUGGACACAUAUUCAGAGUACUCUUCUGCAGUUGGUGAUCUUUUAGUCAUGGGAGGAUUUCAAGCCCUUGUCAAACCUUGCCAUGAUGUGUUUGGGAAAGGAGCAGAGGUUGUUCAGAGGUUGUCUGAAUGUUCUGAAGAAGGUUUGACCUUGGCAGAUGUUCUGGCGCAUCUCUUUUACCUGCCCAUAAAACACCUGCAUGAAUAUGGACGACUGCUGCUUAAACUGGCUACCUGCUAUGAGGUGAGUUCUGUGGACUAUCAGAAGCUGCAGGAUGCCUGCUCAAAGUUCGAAUCCAUGGCUCUUCAUCUAAAGAGGAGGAGAAAGGAAGCUGAAUACACGCUCCACUUCUGGAAGAGUUUUCCUGGAAAGAUGACCGACUCCCUGCGUAAACCGUCUCGUCGGCUGAUCUGUGAAAGCAGUAAUAAGGCUUUGACUCUUCAAAACGCAGGACGUUUUUCCGUCAACUGGUUCAUCCUCUUCAACGACGCACUCGUUCAUGCACAGGGUAUGGUCCCCUAUAAGAGUCUUUUUUCCACCCAUCACAUUUUUCCAUUGGCUACGCUGUGGGUGGAGCCAAUUUCUGAGGAGAGCACAGGCGUAUAUGGCUUAAAAGUGACUUCGCCUGAGGAAAGCUUCGCUCUGCUGGCUUCAUCACCAGCUGAAAAAGCAAAGUGGCUUCGUUCUAUAAACCAAGCGGUAGAGCAGGCGCUCAGUGGAUUGGGGCAUGAUGGGAUACCUCCUUCUACAGGGAUGACGCAGAGAGCAGAUCCACCCAUCUCCCGGACAGCAUCCUACACCUUCUACAAAGACAGUCGGCUAAAGGAUGCCAAAUAUGAUGGCCGAUGGGUCUCAGGGAAACCCCAUGGGCGGGGCGUGGUCAAAUGGCCAGAUGGACGAAUGUACACGGGGACAUUCAAGAACGGUUUUGAAGAUGGUUUUGGAGAUUACGUUGUGUCCAAUAAAACCCUGAACAGCUGUGAUCAUUAUCAAGGCCAGUGGAAAGAUGGCAAGAUGCACGGUUUUGGAACAUUCAGAUAUGCCUCUGGUGAAGUGUACGAAGGCUCAUUUCAAGACAACAUGCGUCAUGGUCAUGGGAUGCUGCGUAGUGGGAAGCUGAAUUCCACCUCUCCCAGUGUCUUUAUCGGCCAGUGGCAGUACGACAAAAAGUCUGGCUAUGGAGUUUUUGAUGACAUCACACGAGGAGAGAAGUAUAUGGGCAUGUGGCUGGAUGAUCAACGGCAGGGGAACGGAGUUGUUGUUACACAAUUUGGCCUAUACUAUGAAGGUGCAUUCAGCAACAACAAAAUGAUGGGUACUGGGGUGUUACUCUCUGAAGAUGACACUACAUUUGAAGGAGAGUUUUUAGAAGACUGGACUCUUAAUGGAAAGGGUGUGUUGACCAUGCCGAAUGGAGACUAUAUUGAAGGCUCUUUUUGUGGAGUUUGGGGAACCGGGCUAAAGAUGUCAGGUUCCUACUACAAACCCAGCCUGUACGACUCAGACAAGGAGAAGGGUCAUGCACUUAAACUGGGCCGGUUAGCAGUUCACUCUGAAGAGAAGUGGAAGGCUGUGUUUUUGGAGUGCUGGAACAGGCUCGGUUGUGAUUCCCCUGUACAGGGGCAAACCACGACAGCGUGGGACAACAUUGCCAUUGCACUCACUGCUAACCUGAGACAGCAGAGAGACAGUCCAGAGUUGCUGAGCCGCUCACAUCACAAAACACUAGAGAGUCUUGAGUGCAUCCCUCAACAUGUGGGUCCUGUAACAUUAGAGGUGUACCACACGAUCCGUCGGUACCUGGUGAAGGCAUGUGAUACUCCUCUGCAUCCUCUGGGUCGGCUGGUGGAGACGCUGGUUUCGGUAUACCGGAUGACGUAUGUUGGUGUUGGAGCAAACCGCAGGUUAUUACCGCAGGCCGUCAAUGAGAUCACGUCCUAUCUCAGCCGUAUCUUCCAGCUCGUCAGAUUUCUCUUUCCCGAACUGCCAGAAGAAGGAGGUUCACUAGCCGACCCUCCAAAAGAGAAGGUCGGCACAGAUGCUGAUGGAAAGCUGCUGGAGUCUCCUAAACCUGGGUGUGUGGUCAGCAGCUCUGCUCUCCUCCUGCCGGUGCUGUUGCCACGUCUCUAUCCUCCUCUCUUCACGCUCUACGCUCUAGAGAAAGAGAAAGAGGACGAUGUGUACUGGGAGUGUGUGCUGCGACUCAACAAACAGCCAGAUCUGGCACUGCUGGCUUUCCUCGGGGUCCAACAGAAGUUCUGGCCUGUAACUGUUACAAUACAUGGAGAAAAACAACAGGUUCUCUCAAGCACUAAAGACGCCUGUUUCGCCUCAGCAGUUGAGACUUUGCAGCAAAUAAGCACAACGUUCACACCCUCAGACAAGCUUCAGGUGAUCCAGCUGACCUUCGAGGAAAUAACCCAGGAAGUGCUCGCACUCCUGAAACAGGAUUUCUUGUGGUCUAUGGAUGACCUGUUUCCUGUCUUCCUCUUUGUUGUUCUGCGUGCACGGAUAAGGAAUCUGGGGUCAGAGGUUAGUCUCAUUGAGGACCUAAUGGAUCCAUGUGUACAACAUGGAGAGCAUGGCAUCAUGUUCACCACCCUCAAGGCGUGCUACUAUCAAAUCCAGCAUGAGAAGGUCACGUAAUCAACGCAUCGCUCCAAAUCCCAUCGUGUAAUGACUGACAAACAGAGCAGCCAAUCAAAUGUGGUGCUUGCAAUGACUUGCUGUGUGAUGAGCCAAUCAUGUUCCAUGUCUGGAUCACAUGAUUGGGAUAAUUGAAGACUCUUAUGUGCAAGUCAGGUUUAACUGUGGUUUAACUUUCACUCUAUACAUCGUGUCUUCCUCAAUCGGAAAGCUGGGGGUUUUAACUGCUGCCAUUCCAUCACGUUAAAGGUAAUAAUUAUGUGCUCCAACUCAGUGUUUUAUUAUUAUUAUUAUUAUUAUUAUUAUCAAUUAGCCAAUGCGUUAUUGGCUCAAAAUGACUGACGUUAUCAGUAUAUCGCACACAUCUCUUUCUCCAAGCACACAACGGUUGAUCCAGUGUCAACUGAAGAUGUAGAUAAUUAGUGUUCUGUAUGCCGUCCCAAAUAAUGCUUCCAUCUACCUCUGUCUUUAAAGUAAAAUACUACAUCGCGCUCAACUUAUCCUGAUCGAGUUGCAUUAUUCAGUCCAAACAGCACACCGCCUCGGACAAAACAACCACCUGAAAAAAAAACAAGCAUAAUUCUAAUUCAUUUGAAGAUUUUUUUUUUUUUAUCUACAGCACAGUAACCUGCUUUAUUAUGUAUGAAUUCUUCUUUACAAGCUUCUUAGUUCAACCCAAUUGAAACCUAUGACAGUUAAAGGGAUAGUUCACCCAAGUUUAUUUAUUAUUUACUCUUGGUUCCAAACUUUAAUAGUUUUCUUUCUUCUGUUGAACACAAAAUAAGACGCUUUGAAGACCUAUAACUAUUGACUUUCAUAGUAGAAUAAACAAAUGCUAUGGAAGUCAAUAGUUACAGGUUUCCAGCAUUUUUCAAAAUAUCUUCUUUGUGUUCAACAGAAGAAAGAAGCUCAUAUGACAGUAAAUGGUGAACUAUCUCUUUAAGCAAAAAGUGUUUGUGUCAGUUGAUUUUGCUUUUGAUGCACUAUUGUUUCUGUGUAUUUUUGUCAUGGAAGUAGCCAAAUCAUAGGCAGUGUUUGUAUUUUAACACACUUGAAAAAAAGCAAAACACAAUGCUAAACUAAUUUGGUCAUUAUUUUUCUAUAUUUUAAUUGAAGCAGCUAUUGCCGAACCUUCGUAUACGCACUGCUGUGUAUCAUCCUCACUGUUUUCUCAUUCCUGUGAAGUCUUAAAAGUGCCUCUGACAGUGUUAUGAAUGUGUGUUCACUACAUCUCUGUACCCAGCAAUAGCUUUUUUGAGUCGAGUCUCACGUUUUAAAGCUCAGCGGCCUAAUGCGUUAUUUUCUUUUAUUGACAUUGUUUUAUUUAUUUGAUGGACAGAUCUGGCUGCAGCCCAGAUAAUCUGAGUGAUGUAGAUAAUCUGCAGGGUAUUUCACGUACAGAACACCAGAAGGACGGUGAGUUGGUCAGGAAAAAAAAAAAAACACAACAACGCAUUUACAAGGAUCAGAGAUCAGGAGUUUGAGUGAUUGUGUGUCACUAAAUGUAAUCGUGCAAACUGUUACGGCGAAGGACUGUUGAUGUUUACAACCAUUGACACUUGAGAUGUUGCAUGAAUAUCAUAGUUUAUGAUGUCUUUUGGGUACAGUAAGUUACCGUACUGUACUUUCGCAUCAGUUUUUCUAUGCUGAGCCAAGGUGUGCAUGUAAACUUGUGUUCGAAUGUUUGUGUGCGUGCGAGUAUGGAUGGAGUUUGUGUCAUUUUUGAAGAUUAUUGUAUGUUCAGAUUGUAUAUCGACUCAUAAAUCAAAUGGAUGGCAAUAAAACUGUGAUUGGGAGA